CCUCCAGCCUUUGAGGGACGUGGAUCUAUAGCAAUUUUUGCUGACUUUGCCACAGUUAUGGAUUGAAAGCUUGUACAUUUACUAGCAUGUAUUAGCUGGCCAAUGAUUAUUUGAAAUUUACGCGACUCGGCGAGGUUUGGACACCAGCUGACGACACAUUGAUUCUACUUUUACUUUCUAUUUCCAAGAAGCGGCGAUCAUUUCACAACCAGCAAGGCGGAGUAGCACCCUUAUUUGGAUAUUACCGUUUGCUUCUACUUGAUACGUAGAUAGGAAUUACAACAACGCGCAACAGUUUGUCUGACCAGAUAACGCUACAUCCAUUCACUUUGACACACGCACCAAAGCUGUGAUGGCCGAGGUCAACUCUGAGGACAAGGUCAAUGUGAAAGAAAAGGUUACUGCAGUGCGAGAAGUGGUCCCGGGCAAGAGCACCAAUGAGAUAGUUCUAGUUCUUCAGUACUAUGAUUACAAUGUAGAAAGGGCAAUACAGGCAUACCUGGAAGAUGGUGCUAAAGAGGCCUUAACGGAAUGGCAUUUUACUGGUAACAAGGUCCCAAAUAAGAAGAAAAAAAAUAAGAAGGCAAAAGCAUCUGGAGGUAACCAGAGUCCUCCUUCCACUGAUGACAAGAAGACUGCUGUAUCCAACCAUACCAAAGAGCCACUUACAAAUGGGGAUGUACAUGAAGAUGAGGAGCUGCUGCAGGCACGGGCCAGGCUGCUGGACGGAGACACUUCCCAACUUACACAGCAAGCCCCCGGCGGGGCAACAGCCGCCCCACCCUCUGCUCCCUCCACUACACCAGCUCCCUCCACAGUGUCUGCUCCGACACCCACAUCUACUGAUGAGGCCAAGAAAUCGACACAUAACAACAAACACUAUAACAAACAUUCGGACAAACACUCAGAUCAUCAUCCCCAUGGCAGUCAAAACACGCAUCAUCAGCGACAACGAACCUCGAGAGAACGAAGUGUGUCUAGUGUGAGCAGCCAGGGCGUAAAGAAACCAUUUGCAGGUUUGGAAAAGUCUACAAAAGAUCUUCAGCGGCAGACGAUAUCCCUGGAGAGGUUACGUAUGGGUCUGGACUCUGAGAUAGAGAAGGCUUACAAGAGAGUGAAAGCAGUGUUUGAUGAGGCCAGGAACUGCUUUAAUGACCGGGAGGUUCAGUUGAUACGAGAAGUUGAUGCCUUGAAGGACCAAGCCAACCAGGUGUUCCGCAUGCGUCAAGUCAAGGCUGCAGACCUGAAAGUGCGUGUGGAGAGGGCAGAGCGACUUAACAGUACCGAACUAGCAGAACUUAGGGCCGAUAUUAAAUUGUUUGUAAGUGACCGGAAGGUAGACGAGGAUCUUGGCCGGACUACAAGGUUUACAUAUGACUCGGACCAUUUUUUACAGGAAAUCAGGACUUUUGGAUCAGUUGUACCUGUGAAGUGCUCCUACAACACUCGGCGUCCAUCCGUCUCCUCGGUAGCUAGCAGUGUCGGACAGGACGAGCCCACGUCUCCAGGCCUUAGAUCUCAACCUAUGCAUACUGACCUAGACAGUGCCUCAACUCCAAGAGACAACACCUUGUCUGCGGCGGAAAUGGCUCAACUGCAACAACGAUUGAAAGACUCCCUGCAAUUACAGAAACCUAAUAAGAAGAAGGGUUUGUCUGUAAAGUCUCCACCUCCUAGAAACAGACCUGCAUCAGGAACUGCUCAAAAAGAAGAUGGUGAUCAUGGAGAUGACUCCCGGAGGAACAAGUCUGGUCGCAGGAGAUGGGAUAACAACAAGGAUACUCCCCCAAAAGACGCUUCUGAUCACGUGAGAGAAAACCACUCUAGCAUGUCCCAGUCUGCUCAGUCAGGUUCCACACAGCAAACCAACCCCAACAACAGAUCCAACCAGUCCCCUAGAAGGAACUACUCAGGUGGACAAUCCAGUCCUCGCAGAUAUGGUAGUGGAGGACCAAGGGGGAGAGGACGUCGAGGGAGGGGGGAUGGCUAUCCUGAGGAUGGUUCACAUCGAAGGGAAUAUGAGCGCAGCCAAAGAGGGCAUGGGGAGGGUCGGAGUAGAGGGGGCAGGGGUCGGGAUGGUGGGGGAAGAGGCAGAAGUAAUCCCAGUCCUCACCCUAAUGCUCAAUCUAGUCAGGCUGGCAAGACAUCAGGAACCCCUGCCGUCAAUGGAACAAGUGUAAAUGGAGAGAAUUAACUACUGGCUUAAUGGCUUUCAUAUGCACACAUUGUUUUCCUUUUGUUAUUAUUGUAACAAGUGUUAAUGUGUUACACAGGAAUUUCUUGCAAAUAUUGUGUUUGGAAAAUGGUCUUUACCUAAGGAUGAUUUUCAUUGUGUACAUUAUUUUAUAUUCUGCAUUAAUAAAUCCUGAAAGCAACUAGUAUAGGUGGACUAAAUUGGAGGGAUGUCUUCAAUACCUAUUAGUAUGACAACAGAUUCAAAGUAUUCCCCUUUAUGGUCCAUACUAAGCACUUUAUUUUCAGUUCAGCGUCAGAACAGACACAUGAAAUGCCAUUAACUUCUUUAUAAUUCAAAUGAUUUGUGAAGUGUAAUAUUAUGACAGUGUGACUUAAAUUGGCAUGACACAAUGAAAUAUGUUGAUCACUAUAGUCAGUUACUGAAAGAUGAAAUAACUCAUCAUAUUCAUGGAUGGGUCCAUAUUCUGACUACCUUACAUCCAUCUCAAGUGUAUGUGUCCUAAGAGAAACUUCCUGAGUUGAACAUUCUUAUUUUGUGGGUGAAUGGUUUGAUUUGACAAGCGUAAUUUUUGUUAUUUUCUACUGUUAUGAUGAAACUUGCACAUGUAGAACCUCCAUGCAACUUCCGUCAUGAUAUGACACCAUUGACUUCGUCCAUUUUUAUGGUUAGAAUGUAAACUUUGUACAGACAAUACUUUGCUGUGUAAAACGCUUUGUUACAGACUGUAGAUAUGCAAAUGUCCCCAAAGACGGUAUUCUUCAGAACAUUGUAACUACAAAUUUCCAUAAUUAGCUUGAUUGUACAAGUCUUUCAAUUCAGCCCUAGUCAGAAAAUUUGACCGAAGGUUAACACUCUGAGUAAUUCCUGAAUCCUGUUUUCAGUAAAUCUGCUUGUACAUGUGUAAGCAUGUGUACCUUGGUAUUUUGUAUAUACUACAUAUAUAGAAGAAGAAGUAUAGAAACAAAACACUCAAAACAUGAUACAUAUGAAUUUCUUGCUCAUGAUAUUUAUUUUUAAAACAUUUUUUGUUUGUAAAGAGUAAUCUAUUUUUCUUUGUAUAAAACAACCCAGAUAUUUUUCUUUGGAAUAACACAUUGAAAUUUUCACAAUGAUAUUAAAUAAUGUUGACUUUAUUUAUAGUUGACUGUGAUUUAUUAAGAUUAAUUUUUCCUUUGUGCCAAUAUGUCUGUUACCAUGUUGAGAUGAUUGAUUUAGGGUGAAAUUCUCUCUUGUCUGUAGUGAUGAUUAUUUACACCUGAACCCUGUGCCAUAUAUUGAAUGAUAUUGUUAAUGUAUAUCUGUCAUGACAUGCAAUGAUACCAGGGACAAGUUUUAUCUAUGAAUAGUUUGGUUUUGCUAUACACAAAUUAAGUUUAGAUUUUUCAAUCCACAAAUCUAUUACUU